GUUUACUUUUUAAAAAAUAUUCAUCUCCGCCGUGACCCGAUCGGAAUUGCCACCAUCACCGCCUUUACACCGCCGCAAGCGUAAUAUUCUCGCCGGUGAGGCGAAUUUUUCACCGGGAAGUCUACCGAAAAUGUCAUCGAGGGUGUCGGUAACAGUUUCACAAGACGGAACUGGUGAUUACCGGACUGUGCAAGAAGCCAUAGACACCGUUCCACUAUCAAAUAAGUGUCGCACUGUGAUUCGUGUAGCGCCUGGUGUUUAUAAGCAGCCAAUUUAUGUUCCGAAGACGAAAAAUUACAUUACACUUGUUGGGCUUAGUCCUGAAGCUACUGUUCUCACCUGGAAUAAUACUGCCACUAAAAUUGAUCACCAUCAGGCAGCAAGGUUAAUUGGUACUGGUACAUUUGGGUGUGGGAGUACAAUAGUGGAAGGAGAGGAUUUUAUUGCUGAGAACAUCACCUUUGAAAACUCUGCUCCUGAGGGAUCAGGACAGGCAGUGGCAAUCAGAGUUACAGCUGAUCGUUGUGCAUUUUAUAAUUGCAGAUUUCUUGGUUGGCAGGAUACGUUGUAUUUGCACUACGGGAAGCAAUAUUUGAAGGAUUGCUAUAUCGAAGGAAGUGUAGAUUUUAUUUUUGGUAAUAGCACUGCUCUCUUAGAGCAUUGUCACAUACACUGCAAAUCGGCAGGAUUCAUUACUGCACAAAGCAGGAAAUCUUCUCAAGAGACAACUGGUUAUGUGUUUCUGAGAUGUGUGAUCACUGGUAGCGGAGCGACCUCAUAUACACAUCUUGGACGCCCAUGGGGGCCUUUUGGGAGGACUAGACUCUUUAAAUUUUUUAUCCCUUAUCUGAUACAAACUCAGAUCCCAUCAAUGAAACAGUAG